CCAUGGAUAUAUUAUAUGUUGUGUUUGUGAAUGAAGGAGAUUUAUUGGAUGGGGCACGCGCGAGACAAAUUCGAAAUUUUAAAUGAGCACUAACGGACUUUCGGAGAGUCUUGAGUACUGCGCAUGCGCAUCGUUUUGUUCUGUAAGGUCGACUUCCAGCAGACGGACACGGAGUAAAAGCUGGAGGAGAGACAGCCUGUGCAGCAACAACAAGACAACAAUGAUUAUAAGCAGGGAUAAUCUCCAGGUGGACUGCACGGGUCCAGGAUCAAGAGAUCAUUCAUCAUGCAGACCAUGUUCCAGGAGAAGCAGCGUAUACUGGGUCUGCUUGAUCAUUUUGUUGUCCUGGAUGUGAGAACAUGGUCAAAAGGUGUGUCAAUCAGCAUCCAGCCAUAAAAGCAGCCUUCUCGUUAAAGGGCUCAGGAGGACAAACAGGUAAUUCACAGGGUUGAAUUUCACAAUUCAAUUACUCACAGAGACAAGGAGAUGUUAAUAAUUCUGAAUUUGAGGGGUCAGCAAUUUUACUAUUUGAUACAUUUACACUUUUUAUUAAAUUCAGAAUGAAAUCAUUGUGAUUGAUGAAUCUGAAUAUAGGUGAUGUGUACAUUUAUUUAGAAAUCGGAUUUGAUAUUUUAAAAUGUACUAUCUGUGUAGAAAGUGUCCCCCUUUGAUAAAUGGACUCUCCCAGUCACCCUGUCAUUCAGCGCGAAAUGGACUAUUCCAAAACUUUCCACCAGAGUUCGCAAAGUGACGGAGAAGAGAUCAGGUGGUUGAUAAUGGGAAAAGGAGUUCGGCUGAAUAUUGUAUAUAGUUGUAGUUUAAAGUAAAUAGUUAUAAUCCAAAUCGGAGGAGGUUUUUAUUGAUUGUGCGUGUGCGUGCAUCACACUAACCACACAUCUAUGCACAUGUAAUAAACCAAGAUUCGGAUUAUAAUCUGAGUGAGACAUCCUUGUUCUGACCGGACAAACUGUAGCCUUCAACCGAACCCGGACUAGCAAUUAGAUAAAGAAUCACAAGAUUUUUCAUGGUCCUUCGAGCCGGAUGCAGUGAAUUGCUACAGAGAUGUCUCAACCCGAGAGAGAAGCGCCUGUUGUGCGUCCACGAAGACGGAUCAACCCACCAACUCAUUUAGUGGAUUACGAGCUUGGUGAGCCAUUGCCACAUCGACAGCCACUCCCAGACCGCAGCCAAAGCAGAGUCCAGUCACCAAGUAUGGUAGCACACACCAGAUCGACUUCUCCUGUCAGUCAAGAGUUUGAUCAUGAUAAGUGGACAUUGAGAGAUGAAUGGCAAAGUGCAUCUGAUGGGCGAGGAGAAGAGGAAGUAGAGCUUACAGCCAUGCUGCAGUUGAUGAAACAAGAGAAUGCAGACUUGCGGCGACAAACCAGUCAGCUUCCAGAGGUUAUUUUGGCGUUGCAGGAGAUGCAACAACAGAAUGCCAAGUUACAUCAGGAGCUUCAAAGUCUUAAGUCAGAAAGAGAAGCCCACUACAGGCCAGUGACUUCACAAGUGCCAUCUCCAAGUCACUUUACUCCAUUGGCGAGCCCUGAGACUCCACAAAGGUUCCGUCCCAUUCCAGCCCCCCGGACAAAGCCACCAACGCCACCUACUUCAAUGAGAGAACUGCACCCAGCUACGAUGGAUGAGGCCUAUGGAUUAAAUGAGGAUUUCAGAAAUAUGGACAUUUCUGGUUCAAUGCGUGAGAAAGUGUCACCACAAGUGCAUUACAGUGACCCACCUCAGCCCAGGUACUCUCGUUCCUCCCAGUACAUUCCAUAUCCUCAAUUCGAGACCCCAGCAUAUGAGCGGAUGGCACCUCCUCAUCUAGACAACAGACGAGCUUAUUACCAACCUCCAUCAACACAAGAAAAAAUGUAUAGAGGCCCUGCGCCAACCAUUCCCUUCCUAACAUCCUCUGAUCCUAGAGAGUUCUCUAGACUGAGAAUAGCAUUGGAGAACAUUCUGCCUGAGGAUGUGUAGCAACUGUGGACGAACCAGACAAAUGAAUCAUUCAGAUGAUUCUUUCAAAACAUAAUUCUAAUUCAGAAUUGGGGUUCCGGCUCCGGCCCGUCUGCAGAUAAAGCCAGGCUGAUUACUUUUACGACACAUGCUUCCUGAUAGCAGAAGCGACAUACCAAAGGGUCACCCAAGAAGACAGAGAGACAAUCCAGACCCUUUUGUUUCUUUACUUCACAGGAAAGCCAAAGAGACUGUUGAACAAAUAAAUCUGCUUCAAAAUUGUUCCAACAAUUUUAACGGACUUAUCAAACAUCUU